CAACCAUGAUCAUCACCAUAUCUUUGAUUUGGGCAGUGGUGAUUGGUUUUUGCUGCUGUCUGUGGCUUGCUCUGGGGAUCCGCAAGAGACAACCAGGUGAGCCUCCGGUGGAGAAUGGUUUGAUCCCGUACCUCGGCUGUGCCCUCCAGUUUGGAGCAAACCCCCUGGAGUUUCUCCGGAGCCGACAGAAGAAAUUUGGCCACAUCUUCACUUGCAAGAUUGCUGGAAAAUACUUUCACUUCCUGUGCGACCCUUUCUCCUACCAUGCCGUCAUCCGCCAAGGCAGGCAUCUGGACUGGAAGAAGUUCCACUUCUCUACCUCGGUCAAGGCGUUCGGCCAUGACAGCAUGGACCCCAGACACGGCUACACCACAGAGAACCUCCACCAGACCUUCUUGAAGACCCUGCAGGGCGAAGCCCUCCCCUCACUCAUCGAGACCAUGAUGGAGAACCUACAGUCAGUCAUGCUGCAAUCCGACACCCUCAGCCCCAGCAAGGACCGCUGGGACGUGGACGGCAUCUUUGCCUUCUGCUACAAGGUCAUGUUCGAGUCAGGCUACCUGACGCUCUUCGGCAAGGAUCUGGGAAACAACAAGAAUGCUGCGCGCCAGGAGGCCCAGAAGGCGUUGGUGCUUAAUGCUCUAGAGAACUUCAAGGAGUUCGACAAGAUCUUCCCGGCUCUGGUAGCCGGCUUGCCCAUCCACGUGUUCAAGAGCGCCUACUCUGCCAGGGAGAACCUGGCUAAGACCAUGCUGGCCGAGAACUUAAGCAAACGCCAGAACAUAUCAGACCUGAUCUCAUUGCGCAUGCUUCUAAACGACACGCUGUCCACCUUCAAUGACCUGAGCAAGGCCCGCACCCAUGUGGCACUGCUGUGGGCCUCGCAGGCCAACACACUGCCUGCUACUUUCUGGAGCCUGCUUUACAUGAUCAGGAGUCCAGAGGCUAUGAAGGCAGCCAAUGAGGAGGUGAAGAAGAUUCUGGAGAGUUCAGGUCAGCGUGUCGACCACAGCAAACCACAACUCACUCUCUCCCGGGAGGACCUGGACAACAUGCCUGUAAUAGACAGCAUCAUUAAGGAGGCCAUGCGUCUGUCAAGUGCUUCAAUGAACGUCCGAGUGGCUAAAGAGGACUUCCUGCUUCACCUUGACAACCAGGAGUCGUACCGCAUCCGCAAAGAUGACGUCAUCGCCCUCUACCCCCAGAUGCUCCACUUUGACCCCGAAAUUUACGAGGACCCCUUGACCUACAAAUACGACAGAUAUCUGGAUGACAGUGGCCAAGAGAAGACRACGUUCUACAGGGAGGGGCGCAAACUGCGGUACUUUUACAUGCCUUUCGGCUCUGGGGUGACCAAGUGCCCCGGGCGCUUCUUCGCAGUGCAUGAGAUCAAGCAGUUCCUAGCGCUGGUACUCUCCUACUUCGACAUGGAGCUCCUAGACUCAGCUGUUAAAGUGCCUCCUCUCGACCAGUCACGUGCAGGCCUGGGGAUCCUGCAGCCCACCUAUGAUAUUGACUUUAGAUAUAAACUGAAAACUCAGUAAGACAGACUCCACUGAUCUACUUUCUCCAUAAUGUGAAUUGUAUAUUUUGUAUAUUUAAGAAUUUAAGCCACAAUGAUCCCACUGGGCACACACUGGUUGAAUCAACAUUGUUUCCACAUCAUUUCAAUGAAAUUACGUUGAACCAACGUGGAAUAGACGUUGAAUUGACGUCCGUACUCAGUGGGAUUUAAAUACGCUGCGAUGUAUUGUUGUAAUGUAUUUUUUAAGUUGAUACAGAGAGGUUUUUGUUAGCCUCAGAAAGGUAGCAUUGGCGAAAAGGCCAUUUUAGGAGGAGUCCCGUUUCAAAAGUGACUUUGAUGGAACUCCAUAUAAAUGUUAUCAGUAAUAUUUACUGAAUCUUCCACGUAAGCAUCAUUACUGUAUCACUAUUGCCGACCGCAAUCUUUGAACUGUGAAAUCAUUCAACAUUUCAGUUGUGCUUCUGUUUGUGACCUUCACAAUCAGUAGUUGGUAAACCAUUUACUGUGCUGUUGAAUGACUCUAACUGCGCUGAUUGAGUAGUGUAAUGUACAUUCUAGUUACGUUGAAGUAUUCCUUAUGCUGGGAUAAAAUUAUUUUAUUAUCUGUAUUAUUGUUUACUGUGAUAUACCGUACAAAACAAGUAUAAAAAUGCAUGUGAUGUUUACUUUACAAAACCAGUAUAAAUGCAAUACAUUUCUACAAUGAUGUAUUGUGCCAUUAAUUUCUUAAUUUACCAGUCAGUCAUUACUUUGAUCACUACUCACGCAAACAUACACAAAGAAAAGCCACACUCAUGGUAUUGGGUCAUUCUAUAAACCUCUAAUAAGGUC